AUGAUUGUGCUGCAUGAGUACCCCUUAUCCAUAGUUGAUCAUACGGGGUUUCGAAGAUUUGUUAGUGCAUUGCAACCCUUAUUUAGUAUGGUGACAAGAAACACUAUUAGGAAGGAUAUUCUAUACGCUUACAAAGUUGAAAGGAAGAAGGCUAUCGAGUACAUGGCUGCAAAUCGAUCAAGAGUGGCUAUCACUACUGAUUUAUGGACAGCUGACAAUCAAAAGAAAGGAUACAUGGCAAUCAUGGGCCAUUUCAUUGAUGACUCUUGGAAACUUAGGAGUGUUAUCAUGAGGUUUAUUUAUGUGCCAGCUCCUCACACCGCCGAAGUUAUAGCUGAAGAACUUCAUGAAUCAUUGAUAUCUUGGAAUCUUGAUGAGAAGCUAUCAACGGUGACUAUUGACAAUUGUUCUUCAAAUGACAAGACAAUUGACUUGUUGGUGAAGAGGAUAGGGAAGGACAAGCUCAUGUUGUAAGGUACCUUGACUCACAUGCGUUGUUGUGCCCAC